AUGUUCGUGACCACACCGUCACCGCACGUCGCGCUACUGGGCUGGUGGGUGUGGGACCACAGCCAGGAUACACUCGAAGGCUGGGAGCUGCGGGUCAGUUCGACAGCUGGAGCUGUGUCGCCGGCGUGCGGCGGCCUGCCUCCGGAGGGCUACAAUAGUGCCAGUGAGGCGGAGGCGCGAGUCGGAAGGCCGCGACCGUGA